AUGUGUCAGUAUGCAUGUGUUUUUUCUGCUGUAUUGCUCAUAUCCUCCAAGAAAACCAUUGCCUUUGUCAGAGCUGGGGACACGGCAACUCCUGCCAGAAGAACAUCCUCUGCAGGCAUUCUGAUGUCUGCAAGAGACUGGCAGUUGUUGGUGGACCUUGAACAUCAGCUGAAGUUCCCCAGCCAUAUUGCAGUCACCACUCUGCGACCAGACAUUGUCCUUGUGUCUGAGUCCACCAAGCAAGCUGUCCUGCUGGAGCUGACAGUCCCGUGGGAAGAUCGCUUGGAAGAGGCCUUUGAGAGGAAACUCUCCAAGUACGCAGGACUGUGCCUGAGCAGCAUUGCACUCUACGGGAACACCAACAAACUGCAACUGCCCUUCAAGUCCUUGGAGGAGGAAUUCAAGGUAUCGAGAGCCAGAGAAGUGGUUCAGUACAGGGACUCAAGUGAUCCGAUGGUGGCUAAAGCAGGGAUCCAAGUGAGGACUGGCAGGAAUUGGAAGGCAGAGGAAGCAGUUCAAGAGGCAGAUGCAAGGCUGCGUCACAGGAGCCUGGUGGGAGUGGUCACACGAGGUCGAGCUGGGCUAGGAUCUUUUCCAACCCCCCAAAUGAACACCAAGGGGAAGGAAGGGCGACAUCUUGUUCAGGAGGAGGUGAGAGCAGCAGUGGAGGAGACGAGAACCUGCAAGGCAGUGGGAAUGAAGCAACAGGGAGCUUGGACGAGAUGGGAGAAUGCGGUUGAGAGGAAAGUGACCUGGGCUGAGCUCUGGAAAGCCGAGCCUCAACGCAUAAAAUUCCUUAUCCGGGCAGUGUAUGAUGUGCUGCCAAGCCCGUCAAACCUGUACACAUGGGGCAUAGCAGAGACACCAGCAUGCCCAUUGUGUUCCAAGCGAGGAACCCUGGAACACAUCCUCAGUUGCUGUACAAGGGCACUUGGAGAUGGACGGUACAGGUGGAGGCAUGACCAAGUCCUUAAGACCAUCGCUGAAGCUAUCAGCACAGGACUUGAGUGGGCAAAGCAGUUCCGACCCUCCAAGAAAACCAUUGCCUUUGUCAGAGCUGGGGACACGGCAACUACUGCCAGAAGAACAUCCUCUGCAGGCAUUCUGACGUCUGCAAGAGACUGGCAGUUGUUGGUGGACCUUGAACAUCAGCUGAAGUUCCCCAGCCAUAUUGCAGUCACCACUCUGCGACCAGACAUUGUCCUUGUGUCUGAGUCCACCAAGCAAGCUGUCCUGCUGGAGCUGACAGUUCCGUGGGAAGAUCGCUUGGAAGAGGCCUUUGAGAGGAAACUCUCCAAGUACGCAGGACUGGUCAGCAAUUGUCAGCAGGCUGGUUGGAGAGCAAGGUGUUUCCCCGUGGAAGUUGGAUGCAGAGGAUUUGCAGCCCGUUCUUUGGCCAGAGCCUUCAGCAGUUUCGGCAUCGAGGGAGAGAGAAAGAGGAGAGCCAUACGCAGUAUCACUGAUGCGGCUGAGAGAGCCUCAAGAUGGCUGUGGCUCAAAAGAGGGGAGCCAUGGAGUCAUGGUAGCUAGUUAGCCAUCUGGAC